CGAUAAACGUCCUUGAACUUUAGAGAGAAAUGAUUCAUCGACGGGAGCUGUCAACGUAGAAAUUGGAUUAUAUUUUUUAAAGAUGGUUUAAUUGACUGUCGUCUUAUUGUGUCAGUCAGUCAACCAUGGACAGCUUGUUGGUUGAUUUGGAUAAAGUAUUGGAUGAUCUUGAAGCAGAAGAAGAUUGUGCACCCGGAAAUGAGUUGAAACCGAGUGGUUUCCAGCAGUAUCUAGAGAGAGCUGACCAACAGUCAUGGAGCUCGCUAGAAAACUAUGCCCCUCCUGAGUCUACCAAACCAAGCCUCUAUGGUGGUAACAUCGAGGAUAGAGCCACUACCAAUGGCCAUGGAAGUACAUCGAAUGUGACAAAUCCGCAAUAUGAUUUUCCCUAUGAGCCAGAAACGUUUGACUUGUCUGAGGCAGACUUUGCACCCAGUACUGGUCUGUGUGAGAGUCAAUAUAAAGGUUCCCUUUCCUACUCUACAGAUAAGGGUUGUAGCAGUUUGAAAUUGGAUACCAACAAAGCAGCAGAAAAUGGUGUUAGUUCUAACAGUACUAAGCUAGUUAAUGCUAGCAAUAAUAAACCAGUUGAUCCUGGGACACCGUAUGAAAACUACCCAAACUUUGGCUUGGGUUUUUCUGCACCUUCUUCAGAUGUUUCAAUGAAAUAUGACUUUCAGGCAAAUUUUGAAAAGUCCCCAAUUCAAGCAGAUCUGUCACCAAGUGCUGAUUUUUCUAAUGUGCCCAAGCAGAUGAAUGGUCAUUCAGAGGGCAUAUCAUUGCCACAUGCCAUGAUUGAGACAGAGCGACCAACUGUACAGUCCCAAUUAUCCAGCAUUCCAAGCACAUCUAGCAUGAGUUUAGGCUCGGCAGACAAACUCUCCAUACAGUGUAACACACCACAAUCACCCAAAGAUAACCCACUAUUUUGUUCCAUACAGUCUGAGUUUAGUUCAGCUAGCAUGAAUGCUAUGUGUAAGCCGGAAGUUCAAAGUUCUAGUAAAAUGUCUGAGAUGCAUGAAAUUCCAAAAUUAGAGGAUCUGAAACAUGAGUUGGAAAUCAAUAUUGCAAACAAUGAAACUCCUGUGAGUCAUAAUAUGAAGGCAUUUUCCCAGUCCCUACCUGCAAGUUUUCACCAAAAUGUGUUACAGACUGGUGACAAAACUUCAAAUUCCUUACCAACUGAACUUGAGAAUGAUGUGAAUGUAAGUGCCACACUAGAUAAGAAACAUGUAACUGAAGAGUCUAAACCUUUCGAUGGUGAGUCUAAAGGUAAGAUCAGUGAAAAUCACGGAAGUGUUAGCAUUGAACAUGUUAUGGAAGAGAAGGAGCUUCCUAAAUCUGAAAGUGACAGUGUUGAUCAUACAGUUGCCUCUGAAGGAGCUAUGCAAACACACUUGCAAAACAACAUAGUUGGUUUAAGCAAUGUCUCAGUUGACAUUGAAAAACCAGUGAACAAACUAAUAGAAGAAGUGGAAGACAACUUUGGUGUUAUUCCAAGGGAUUCCUUGCUGUUAUAUCCAAAGAGCAGGAACGUUGAAACUACAUGUAAUUCUAUAGGUGAAGCAGCUGUUGGUUUACCAGGACAUGACAUGACAAAUUUACCACCAGGUAAUGGUUUUCGUAAUGGAAUUCAAUCAAUUUCUGCUGUUGUAGGUUUUGGUAAUGUUGAGGAGCAAGAUUGUAUGGAUGAUGCAGAUUUAAAUCAAUAUCUUGGUGGUAGUGAAGUGCCAAAGCAUUUAAAAGAUUCAAUGGCUGAAAAUACUAGUAGUGAUGUAAAUGUGACUGCAAAUUCAGUUGAAGAAAAAGACAAUGAAAGUAAAUCACAAACACAAAACAGUGACCAACAAAAUACAGAUUUACUACCUGCUUCAAAAUCAGAUAAUAUUUCUCAGAACUCCGAACAAAGUUAUGUUUUGCAGUUAUGUUCAGAGACUGUGAAAGAAACUCAAGCCGGAUUUGUUCAAACUUCACAAUCUGUUGCUAACCCUCAAACUGUGAUAUUGGAUCUCAACCCUGUUAUAUCGCCUACAGUGACUGCAAAUAUCUCUCUUGACAGUGGUUGUGCGUCUAUGACAGAAAACCCUAGUGUCGACCUUUCAACGCAGGCAACACUAAGUGGCUUAUCAGUAGAAAUGGCAGGUGCUCGCCCCAAAGAUUUCUCUGGAAAAAGCAACAGACCGGGAAUAAUAAAUGAUGUGUCAACAGUGGAAUUGGAUUCUAAAACGCCUUUUGUCACAAAUUCUUCAGUUCCUUUACAAGCUGGGCUUGAAGAAAUGGAAUCUGAAAUUAAUCAAAAUGAAAAUAUGCAACCUUUGAUUGAAGGACUUAUAAGUGAUAGUUUAAUCAAUGAAUCUAGACAGAUGAUGGAAAGUGGUGUUGAAGGUGCAAAUUUACCACCAAUAUCUGCAAACGGAUCUUUAGAUCCUGGUUACAUUCAGAGUUUAUCUGAUAUAAGUCAUACAGAUGUUGAAAUGAGAAAUCCUGGUCAACCACAUCAGCAUUCACUAGAAAAGGAUGGCAGACCGAGGUCUUGGAGUCCUACUACAGAUAAUGGACAGCCCCACCCUUCAGUAAGGCGACCCAACAGCCUUAACCUCCCACCACCUCCCACCAUUGAUCCGAGUGAUGGGGGUGGGGAUGGUGAUGGGGGUGUUGAGGAGUGUAGUCAAGAGCAAGGUGUGCCUGGUAGCAUUGAUGAAGAGCUAGGCAGAAUGCAGCAUGAGGAUGGCUCAACUCCAGCUGGUGCUGAAGGUUUUACAUCUGAACCCGAGGGUGGGGCAGAGGCCCUGUUUAUUCCUACAGACAGUGGCAUGAUGGGGCCUCCACCCCCGUAUCCCAGUACCCUGGGACAGGUGGCCCCUAAAUGGAUCCCUGAUUCAGAAGCCCCGAUAUGCAUGUCAUGUAAUUCAAGGUUCACUUUUACCAAGAGGAGGCACCAUUGUAGAGCGUGUGGCAAGGUGUUCUGUUCGUUGUGCUGUAACAUGAAGAACAAGCUACCGUACAUGAAAAACCAGGAGGCUCGAGUGUGUGUCAUGUGUCAUAGCGAACUUCAGGUUUUAGAGCAUCAAAUGAUAACUGAUCCAGGAGCCCCGCCCCACCCCAGCAAUCCAGAGGACUACUGCAGUUAUGUGCCUCCCCAACAAACCCCUGGGGCAACCAGUCAGCACCCUCCCUCUGUUCUCGUACCAGUCCUUAAGCGGGAUGGUCAUCCAACCAUUGAUCGUGGCAGCAGGCGGACAGAACCAAAGCAGGUAAUGUUUUCUGAUGGAAUCCGGCCUGGGGGCGACCUGACGGAACUGGAUGGCUCCAGUCAAGCUUCUCGUACAUCAUCACGCAGAAACAGGCCACCUAAACGCCAGUCAGGACAAGGUCAGAAUUCCCCACGAUCCCGCCGACUCCGCACGAUGGGGGAGCGAACUCUGAAAUGCCUUAUUCCCGAGGAUGGAUUUCCUCCCUUGGCUCUACCUAAACCUGAUGGACCAGGUACCAUGCUGCAGUUGAACCCAAAGACCAAUGAUUUUAUGCCAGAUAUUAAAGCUGAUGAGAAAGAGCCUGUGAUAUUUGCAGUGAACACAAACCUAUAUAUCAAUGUGAAGAUUGUCACAUUGGACUGCUGCGUAAAUCGCACUGUAUGGUGUUUUACGACAAAGGGAAUGACAAGCGUGGGCCAGGAGGAGAUUGCUAUAGUCCUCGAGUGUUUGCCCGAGGAGGACACCCCACCACGCGACAUCUUUGUGCAUCUCAAUAAUGUGUUCGAGGAGGCUAAUAAAGGCACAGAGAUCCCAGAGAUGGGUCACUCGAUCUUUAACCAGAGUUUCCUAGGCAGUCGAGAACACGGGGGAUUCCUCUACAUCCGCUCCACAUUCCAAUGUGUGCAGAAACUGCCCCUACCAAACCCACCGUUCCUGUUCGGCAUUCUGCUACAGAAGUGGGAAACUCCAUGGGCCAAAGUUUUCCCUCUGAGAUUGUUACUGAGGCUUGGUGCUGAGUACAGAUACUACCCAUGCCCACUGAUCAGUAACCGAAAUCGCAAGCCGGUGUUCUUCGAGAUCGGGCACACAAUUAUGAAUCUCUUGGCAGAUUUCCGUAACUACCAAUACAUGCUGCCCAUCAUACGAGGCGUUACAAUACAUAUGGAGGAUAAGGUUACCAAGAUCAACUUUCCCAGGAACAGAUAUGAGGAUCUUAUGAAGGUUGUGAACAACAGUAACGAGCAUGUGAUGGCAAUAGCUGCCACAUUCAGUUCAGAGGCCGACUCCCACCUCGUUUGCUUACAGAACGAGGAUGGGAACUACCAGACACAGGCCAUCAAUAUACAGAACAAGCCCAGGAAAUUGACUGGUGCAAGCUUUGUUGUGUUCAAUGGGGCCCUGAAAACCAGCAGCGGUCUGACUGCCAAAUCAAGCAUUGUCGAAGAUGGCCUAAUGGUUCAAAUCACACCAGACUCCAUGUUAGCCUUGAAACAGGCAAUUAAGGACAUGAACGACUACCCGAUAAACUGCGGGGUCCUGGGGGCUACUAGGCCAGAUGAGACCGUGAUUGUUCAAUGGGUCGAGGAGGAUAAGAAUGUUAAUAUAGGGGUAAAAAGUCCAAUAGACAAUAUGGCAUUUGAUGGCAUAGAGAGCCUGAAAAUCCACACAAUGACAGACCAUGUUGGCGAGAAAUACUCCAUACGAUGGACAGAGAUCUUCUUUAUACAGAAUGAGGAGCGAGGAUCACCGAAAUGGGACCCAGUUGAUCUGAGUCGGAUAGGUGGCACCGUGGCGACGGCGGGAUGUCAGGCGAUGCUUAAGCACCUUGAAGCACUGAAAGAUGCCGGUCUCGAUAAGAUUGGACUCAGGGUGUCCCUAGGAAACGAUAAUGUUGGCUAUGAGGCGGGUGCUAUGGGCGACAAACUGCCGGAUGUUUUCAUGAAUGACCUUGACAGUGAACUUAUUCCUGUGAUCCAUCGAGCAACUCAGCCAGAUACUGUCAUAGUGCUGGAACUGAUAUUUGAGGUUCUUGAAUGAGUUUGGUCAUUACCAUUCUAGCAACACAGCUCCUUGUACAACAAUGUGCUGGUUUAUAAAAGUUCUAGAAUGACCUUGACCAUGAACUUAUUCUUGUGUUCAAUUGAAUAAUGCAGCGAGAUACUGUUAUAAUGCAGGAAGUGGUUUUUGAGGUUCUGGAAUGACCUUGGUCUAUUACUAUCAAGCAACAGAAAUUAAUGUGUAGAAUAUAUGGGCUGGAGUUUGUUUUUCAAGGCUUUUGUAUGACCUAGAAUUUAUACUCUUGAUUCAUCGAGCAACACUAUCAGAUACGGUUUUAAAUGAUUGAAGUGAUAUGUUAGAUUCUAGAAUGACUGAGUGAAGAAACCUAUCGGGAGUGCCAUUUGGGACAAACUGUCAGAUGCAAGAAGAACCUCAACUAGAUAAAUCUGUAAUGCUUUAGCUGUUAUUUCCAUUGUUUGGUGUUCUGACAACCAAUCAGAAAUUUCAAGUAGGAAUUGAGGUAUUAGAACUUGCUUGAAUGUCAAAUAAUACCCAUGUUAAGUAAGCAAAAUAACUAGACUCUGUCAUAUAUUUUUUAUUAUAAAGUGGAAUUAUUACAAAACUUGAUUGAGGUAUUAGAAAGACCUUAAAUGAAACCUUGACAUUUAAGAAUGUCAUUUAUCAGGGCUUCUAAAAGUUUGGAACGUCAAUCGAUCCGGGUGCACAUCAAACUGGCACAAACUGGAUGCGAAACAAAGCAGAUGGUCGGGUUAAUCUGAUGGUGAUCUUCACUUUUAUUGGGGUUGUGAAUGACAACUUAGGUGUAUUAUAAUUCUUACUGACUCAUGAAAUCAGUCCUGCGUGGUCAAAAUCAGUCCAGACAAGCAAAUUGUCGCUUUUUAUAAGCCCUGACCUUAACAGUUGACAUAUCUCUGUGAAUUAUGAAGUCAAAUGGCCAAACAUUAUCUAAAAAAUUAUUUCUGAGGUUUAAAAAUGACCUUGAUCACUAUUUAUCCAGGAACACACCAAAAUAUAUAUACAUGUAUACUCAUGAUGUAUUAGCAUGAUCUUGACAUCAUUUUAUUUAUCCAUUUCAAACAUUUAUUCCACUUGAAAGUUUUUCUGACACUGUUUUACUCAUUAUUUGAAAUCACAUUCCUUAUCAAUUAAUUAUAAGGCAAGUCGGUGAGAUGUUUUUGUUUUUAAAGUUAAUGUGUAAUUCUUUAGUUGACUGUGGGACCAAUGAUGCAAUCCCAGGUUGACUCUUUGAAAGUAUGGUUCUAAAACUAGUAAUUUAUUCCACCUAAUAAUAGUUAUGUUUGUUUCCAAAGUAUCCAUUAAGUUUAAAGUGUAACUUAAGCUGUGUAAACCUUUGUUUAUUUGAAUUGUUGGAUUGUCAGAUUUUUUAAGAAAACAAAUGAUUUUGUCAUCACUUGAGCAUUUACCAAGUUUGAUAUUAAGAUUAUUUUUUUUAAAUAUUGACCUGCUAUUUUUCAAACUAUUUUACUACCACAGUUUAUUAUGCCCCCUUUUGAAAAAAGUGGGGUAUAUUGUUUUGCACAUGUCGGUCGGUCUGUCUGUCUGUCUGUCUGUCUGUCUGUCUGUCGGUCGGUCGGAAUACCAAAUGGUUUCCGAUCAAUAACUUGAGAACGCUUUGACCGAGGGACCUCAUACUUGGUAUGUGUAUUGGUCAUCACCAGCAGAUGAACCCUAUUGAUUUUGAGGUCAGUGGGUCAAAGGUCAAGGUCAGUGUGACCUUUACAUGAAAAACGGUUUCCGAUCAAUAACUUGAGAACGCUUUGACCCAGGAACCUCAUACUUGGUAUGUGUAUUGGUCAUCACCAGCAGAUGAACCCUAUUGAUUUUGAGGUCAGUGGGUCAAAGGUCAAGGUCAGUGUGACCUUUACAUGAAAAACGGUUUCCGAUCAAUAACUUGAGAACGCUUUGACCCAGGAACCUCAUACUUGGUAGGUGUAUUGGUCAUGACCAGCAGAUGAACCCUAUUGAUUUUGAGGUCAGUGGGUCAAAGGUCAAGGUCAGUGUGACCUUAACAUGAAAAACGGUUUCCGAUCAAUAACUUGAGAACGCUUUGACCCAGGGACCUCAUACUAGGUAGGCUUAUUGGUCAUGACCAGCAGAUGAACCCUAUUGAUUUUGAGGUCAGUGGGUCAAAGGUCAAGGUCAGUGUGACUGUAAGCUGAAAAAAGGUUUUCUGAUUGUCCAUAUUUUAUUUUCUUAUAUAGUAGACAGUAGAAAUUUAUAUGUCACUAAAUGCAUGAGUUGAAGUAUCAGUUUUCAGUGAACAUCUAGUUUAAUUAUGCCCCCCUUCGAAGCAGAGGGGUUAUAUAAUUGCUUUGCACAUGUCGGUCGGUCUGUUGGAAGACCAAAGCUUGUCCGAGUGAUAACUCAACAAUUCCCGGACCUAUGGUCAUCAAACUUGACAUGAAGAUUAGGUAUGACCAGUAGAUGACCUGCCUCAUAUGCAUCCAAUGACAAAUCAGCUGUCAUUUCAGUCCAUGCAUAUUUCAUUCAAUUGUCCAAAUAUUUCUGGCAACUUGGCGCUCAGGGGGCAUAAUGUUUCACAAACAUCUCUUGUUUUACUAAAACAAUACUGCCAUAGAUAGAAUGACAUGCCAAAAGCUGUGUGAUCGUUUUUCGAACAUAAAAAAUGACCUGCCAUUUUCAAAAUAAUACAUGUGAAAGCUUCAACAUCCACAAAUACUUUCAAAAACCGCCUUGAUAGCUACAUGCAGGAUAAAAUCUACAGUUUAUCUGGAUAAUACCUUGGUGUUCGCUCAUGAGGAGGUUACAUAAGUUGAACCAACUUGCGUACCUUACUACAGAUGUAAGAUGUUCCUUUAAAAAUCUAUGACAUAACCAUGUUUUAUGAGUUGUCCAACGCAUUGCUGCUUUUAAGGGUUGCGGUGCCAAAAAAUGCAAAUGGAUGAAGUGACUAGUGGAUGCUUUUGUUAAACUAUCAACCAGGGGGGCAGUUUCUUUUUAAUAAUACAACUAUAACUGAUAGAGAUGUCUCAACUUUUGUUAGAAGUAAUACAGAUCACAAAUGUAUCUAUUAAAACUUCCAGAGCAGUAAAGAUUUUAAAGUUAACAAGUAUGAUGUUAACUUUAACAAAGUUCUGAAUAAUCAAGCCCCAUGGCUGAUAGGUUGUUGAACUGCACGAUUAAAGAGACUACAGAUUGGCACCAAAAAAAGUUUUUUUCUGUAACGAAUCUCGGGCAAUUAUUUAAUAAAAUGUUCUACUGCUUGAUAUCAUAAUUGUAAAAAAACAUACCAAAAUGUAAAAAAUAAUUGAGUCGGAGACCGGGUUCGAACCGGUGUCGCCAAAAUUGCAGUCCAGUGCUGUAUCCACUGUGCUAUGAAGGCUUACUCUAAACAGUCGGAAUAUUUAAGCUAUAUACCUAACAUAGUCAGAUCACGUGAUAACAUCGACUAGCCAAUUACGCAUACGGAUGAAUUCUACUAUGGAGACCUACCUAGUAAUCUUUUUUUAUGGAAAAAUACGAAAAACUGCGAAAAAUAAAUUAAUUGUAAACUAUGUACUUCAGUAAGUUAGUUCCAAUGCAUUGUACACAUCGAUACCAAGUUUGUCAGUUUUCGACAAUUUUCUCUUUUUUUGCUGUUUUAUCAUAUGGAGUACAGUCCCUUUAAGUGUGAUACUUGAUAAAAGCCGAGAGGCAUUUUCAUUGCCUGGAAAUCUAGGUUAUAUUCUAAUGAUCUGUAUAAUUGAAUAGAUUUAGAUGGGGUGAAAGCCAAAAGGUUCUAUCUUCUUCUUUAUUUAAUGUCACUUAGAACCUUUUCACAUUAACCCAUCGUAUUCAACUGAUGUACAAAUACGCUUGUUAUUUUGGUGACCCCAUAUAAUUUCGGUGUCAUUUAAAAGCGUUCUGCUUGCUGUUAACUAAUAAAUUACCGAAAAAGCAUUAUGGUCAGAUUUAUAACAUUUUUGUAAUUUAGAUUUGUAUUUUAUCUGAAAUUUGGCAUGAAAUUACCUAUUUUGACAUCUUUUGCGGCCAUUUUUUUUUUUUUUUAAUUUGUUUUAUGUUUUUCUCUUCUUAUUAAACUUUUUUAAAUGAUACAUGUACCAAUAUAAGUGUGGGGUUUCCUGGCAUUCAAAAAACACAUAAUGGUACAUCAGAUAUCGUCAAUGAAAUGUACUGUAUAUUUACUUACAAUACAGGUAUAUCUGAGGAGAUAACAAGGUUGUAUGGGGGGAAGUUAAGAUUCUGUUGUUUAUUUACUAUCAAAUUCAAACCAGUUUGGAAUUUCAUUUUGCAUUUAUUUGUCGAAAAUAUACUAGAAGUAUAUAGAAGCACAUGUACCAGUAAUUUAUUUUCAGUUAUGUGCUGUUGUAGUGCUUAAUUGUAUGUAUUGUUUCAAUGUUUGAUGUUUCACUUAUCAGUUUGAAAGAUUCUUAAUAUAUAAAAGUUAUAUUCUUAGGUUCAGUUUUGCUACAAUUGUAAUAGUUUGUUUUAUGACAGACUUUCAAGUCAGAAUGUCUUCUUGUUUGCUAGGAGUUGAAGUCAGGUUUGUGCAAUAUGUAGAAAAUAGAUUAGCUUUCAUCAUGACCAAAAUAGUUUUUCAGAUUUGGCAUAAAUCUCAACACCUUUGAUUGUUUUAUGAGUUUUGUCAUGUAUAUGUGAGACAUGUUUCUAGCAUUGAUCGAUGUAAUUUAUCAUAUGUAAAAUAUUUUUCACAUUCACAGUCAUCAAUAUUAGUUUUUUGAAUGAGCAAGCCCAGAUUCUUAUAUAAAUGCUUGCAGCAUUUCAUUUUUUAACAAGCCCUGCAAUACAGAAUCCAGAUUUUGAGCAAGCCCGGAAAGGAUUUUAUCAGUGCAGGGCAUGUGGGCUUGUUCUAAUUUUGACCACUGUAUUUAUGUAUGACAGAAGUGAAUCAUGUGUAAUGACUAACAACUCUUCUGUGUAAUUCAUUGCCUAAAAGGUAAUUAUUCAGAGUUCCUAAUAGCAUUGAUCGAUGUAAUUUAUAUAAAGUAUUUUUUACAUUCAUGUACAACAGAAGUGUAUCUUAUGUAAUGACUAACACAUCUCCCAUGUAACCCAUUGCUUACCAGGUAUUUAUUCAGAAUUUCUAAUAUUCAGAUUCAUAUUGAUGCUUAAUUUUGUCUAUAAAAUUGUUAAGCAACAUUUACAAGAAAAUUAAUAUAUAAUGUUAAGAAAUCUAGAAACUUUAAAAUUUAGCAAAUGGAACAGAAAUGGAAAAAGGUGAACUUGUUGUACGGUAAUCUUGUUUUAAACUUGACUGUCUUGCAAAGAAAAAGCUUUAUUUAUUGUCAUAGCUAUGGCGGUAUUAGCGGCGGCGUCCUUGCGCAGAAUCUUUACCCUUGGCCAUUACUAAAAAAAACAAUUAAAUAUUCAUUAUAUUUAAAUGAAACUUGGUGCACAUGUCGUCUGUGACAAUAUCUGAAUGCACAGAAAGACUCAUAACUCUGGUUUGAUAAUUGUUUAGUUAUGCCCCUUUUUUGGCAGAAAACCAACAGACAAGCAUUGUCAUUUGCUCUGAAGCGCUCAUUUUGAUAUUUAUAUAAAUACAUUGCGUAGAUAUCAGAUUUUCCCUAUAUCUGAUUGUAAUUACCAUGCUUUUGAUGCGCACAAGUAUAACAUAUUUAUGCCUAUGACAGAUAUACCUCUAUUCCUAGUAGUAGUUGUGUGGAAUGUCUUACCUACAUUCAUAAAUUAUGAUUUAUAUAAUAUAUAAUAAGACUGUAUCUCGUUGGUACAGUAAACAGAAGCAUAUUCUAGUAACUUAAAGCAUCAGAAGCCUUUUAUUUCACCUUUUAACUUGUAUCAUUCCAAAGUCAUAGGGCUUAUUCGAAGGAUAGAUCCAACUUAAAGUUUCAUGAAAUUUUGAUUUAAUCAAUGGAUAUAAAAGAUGUCAAGUAAAUUGGACUUUUUAUGUUUCUAAAGGGUCAUAUUCAAAACAGCAAGGUCAUAUUCAAAACAACAAGGUUAUAUUUAAAACAACAAGGUCAUCUUCAAAACAAAAAGUUCAUAUUCAAAACAAAAAGGUCAUAUUCAAACCAAAAAGGUCAUAUUCAAAACAAGAAGGGAAAUGGAUUGAUACAACUUGAUAUGAGUUAACAUUUGUGUAGGUUGGCUUGUUGUGUACAGAUAUUUGUUAUAUAUUGUUGUUAUAAGUUUUGUUGAAAUUAUGUGUACAUUUGUUAAAUCAUCUUGUUAUCAAGAGAAACAUUACUAUUAUAGAUUUUCUGUGUAUAAAGAAGAAAGGUGUACGGUAUUUUCUGGCACAAAUAAAUAUUGCAACACUUGG